AUGCCGUCCGCAACGCUUCAUGGGCCAUUUGAGCCUCUGAAUCAGAGACUACUUUUCAGUCCCCUCAAGAUUGGCGCAUUCCAGCUCAAGCAUCGAAUUGUCCAGGGACCAUGCACUCGCAUGCGCAGCGACCUGGAAUCCAGAGGUGUCUACGUGCCCGGGGUGCGUGUCGCAAAGUACUACUCUGAUAGGGCCAGUGCUGGUGGGCUGCAGAUCACCGAGGCCACUGACAUCUGUCUUGAUGCAAGCGCAUACCCUGGUGUUCCGGGCGUCUUCACGCCUUCACAGUUGCGUGGCUGGCGCCAAGUCACAGACGCCGUGCAUGCAAAGGGGGGUGUAAUAGUCUCCCAGCUCUGGCACACAGGCCGUGCCUCGGGCACAGCUAUGCGCGGCGGCAACAAGACCGUUUCUUCGGGGGAGCUGCCCAUGAGCGGCAACUACCUCGACGGUACUCCAUGCGAGUCCGAUCCUCCCCGUCCUUUGACAGUCGACGGGAUCCAUGAUCUCACGGCCGAGUGGGCCGCAGCUGCGAAACGAGCUGUCGAAGAGGCCGGUUUUGAUGGAGUGGAGAUUCAUGCUGCGAAUGGCUAUUUGCUCGAGCAGUUUCUUCACGACAAUAUCAAUCAGCGAUCCGACGCUUACGGCGGGAGCAUUGAGAACCGCUGCCGGUUCCCGCUUGAGGUUAUACAAGCCGUGACCGAAGCUAUUGGCGCAGACCGAGUGGGCAUACGCCUUUCACCGUAUAACUACUACCAGGAUACCCGGGAUAGCGAUCCAAGCACGCACUGGGCUUUCCUAUGCGAGAAGAUCGCGGGCCUGCCUGCAAGAAACCGACCAGCUUACGUUCACAUGGUUGAGCCGCGCGUGGACGAUUCACUAAGCGAAGAGCAAAAGCUUGCCUCUCUGGGCGCAACGACCAAGACCAUUGGGCUUACCCCAUUCCGCAAUAUCUUGAAAGCUGCGGGUAUCUCUUUCCUCGCAGCAGGCAAUUUCUCAAGAGAGAACGCUGUGGCUAAGCUUGAGGAGGGCGCGCGGGGGACCGGCACCAGUAACAGCGGAGAUGGUAGCGAUGGUGAAGUUGUCGGUGCGGCAGAUGCCAUUGUGUUUGGGAGGCACUUCAUUGCGAACCCGGACCUUGUAGCAAGGUUGGGAAAUGGCUGGCCCUUGAACAAGUACGACCGCACCACAUUUUACGGCGCCAGUCCUCCUGAGAAGGGUUACAACGACUAUCCCUUGUUCUCGGAAGCAUCUUAG